AGAGUGUGAAGAUGUGGGCGUAGGGAGGGAAAGCCGAGGAUGAUGACAGUUAGGGCCGUUGAGGGCAAACCCUAUCUCAAUCUCACUUGUCACUCCAUCAGCCUCAAAUUCAGGGAUCAGACAGAGCUCCGAUGAUGUUGGCCACCGGAAGCUGUCUCUCAUGGCGGAACUUCAACCUCGGACCUCCAUGUCUUCCACUCGCCUCUGUCAAAGCCGUCGUCUCUUCCGGCGUAUGGUUUAAUCGCAGUAAUACUAUCUCCCCCCUCUCCUGUUCAGCUCGUACCUCCGUUCCUGACACUGCUCAGAUCCAGAGCUCCACUGCCCUAAAUCCCUGGUCAGAGUUUGCUGGAAACGUGUCCGGAGAAUGGGAUGGUUUCGGGGCAGAAUUUUCAAGCGAAGGACAGCCAAUAGAGCUGCCUGAAUCAGUGGUUCCAGAGGCCUACAGAGAAUGGGAAGUAAAGGUGUUCGAUUGGCAGACACAAUGUCCAACUCUUGCUCAACCGCUCGAGCCGCCCACCAUGGUUUACAAGUCCAUCAAGCUCCUCCCCACCGUCGGAUGUGAAGCUGAUGCCGCCACCCGUCACAGUAUCGACGAGAGGACCAUCGGAGGAGGAGGUGCUGAUUCUGACAACUGUUUCUCGGCGUCCGCAUUUGGGUAUUCAGACACUGGCUCAUAUGUGGCAGUGUGGCCACUUGAGAAUGAUAAUGAUAAUAACAACAAUCUGUUGGAAGUGGAGCAUUGUCUGAUCAACCCAAAUGACAAAGAGUCUCGGGUGAGGAUUUAUCAGGUCGUCCGAUUAGUAGAAACCAGAAUGGUGCUGCAGGGCAUCAAGGUGUUCCGCGAGCAGUGGGAUGGACCGUUCAGAAACGGCGAUCAGCUCGGUGGGUGUGCCAUUAGAGAUACCGGGUUUGCUUCCACACCAACCACACCAGCCUCGGAAGUGGUCGGUGCUUGGACAGGUCUUCACUCUGCUGCUGCCAUUGAUGCCUUUGAUUCAAGCUGCAGCAUUCAACAAGUCCGAGACAAAAAGGGGAUGGAGUCCGUGAGAGAUGAAAGAGACAUUGUGUUGCUUCCAAAGGGCCUAUGGUGUUCGCUCAAAGAAAACAGCGCCAGCGAGACCGUGAGUGCUGUCGGAUGGCUGUACGAGCAAGGCCGUGCCGUUACGUCCAGAUGCGUCUUCUCCUGUGAUUCUAAGCUUAAGGAGAUAUCAAUAGGAAAAGAGACUGCCGAAUCAAAUGCACGAUGAUCAUGUUUACAUCGAAGGAAUUGGGCCGCAGCCGCUGUCAGCUCUGCAUAUAUUCACUUGAUUCCAUGUAUUCAUAUCCAUAUAGAACACACAAAAAAACUCUCUAUACAGUUGAAGAUACAGUACCCAAUUUACAGUUUUACA